GGUCCAUAAUACAACAUAUACUUAUUUCUGAUGCACUUGUUUUUACGCAUUAGUUCAACAGUAUAAUAUGUCGAUCUUGCGGGAAAAAGUAAACUUUGAAAAUCAAAGCUUCAUCGCUGACAUUAUGUAUUUACCAAUAUUCCCUAAGCCAAUCAAUGGAGAACUUUCAAGCGAAGAAUUCUUGGCAUCUUCAAGAAACGUUGUGAGAAUUCUUGAUUACUUUGGAAACAUCUUUAUGCCUGUCAAAUACGAUAUGCAAGGAAAUAUUGAUAAGUUAAGCAAGAAAUUCAAUCAAAACAAGAAAAAAUAUUCGACAUUGCAAAAGAUGAUAAUUGAUGAAAAAGACAAAUUAGAAGACUCAGUCGUGAUUGAUGCUAUACUGUGGUUGAGAAGGGCACUGCACAUGAUUCAACUAUUCUUCGAGUAUAUCGUUUAUGAUUUCAAUUCUGGAAAAAAGUCGGAAGAUCUCAUGGCAAAUAUUUGCAAAUCAUAUGAAUUGAGUUUGGAACCGUAUCACGGAUACAUGGCACAGCAACUUUUCAACUCCGAAUAUUUGCAGUUACUGUCACGAAUGAUACCUCCUCGGAAUAAAGUUUUGCAAGCGAUUGCCAAUGGAUAUGACGUUAAACAAGAAAUUAUAAUUAAAAGCAUGGAUAGCUUUUCGAAAAGAUUGCAAGAAAACAUAACGAUUCUUAAAUUAUUUUACGAAAAGCAUGAUUUAGAAAGUUACGAAAAAGCAUGAGGUUUAUCCUAAUAUUAUGUAUUGUUGAGGUACUAUACGUAUUUAUUUAUUAAUACAUCUAGGAUUAAGUAAGGAGAGGGCUUUUCGCUGCCAUUAUAGCAGAAAUUAGGUUUUUUCAGUUUAAUUUGCAUAUUUGUAUGUAUAUUAAAUAAAAAAACUAUACAUUGAUGAAUA